AUGCCUGUACAAAAGUUCUAUCUCCUCGGAGAGCCCAUCUCUUCUUCGAAAGACAUCGAUGUCGAUCCUGCCAUAAGCAUCGAUGACCUUCAACAUCUCAUCGCCGCUCACUUUGCCAUAGUAGAGCCCAGUGGCAUUGGGUUCCAGACCGAGGACAACGUAUUGACCGACGUUCCCGAAAUAAUCUCAAGCAGCGGUUCCAUCGCCCUGACGAUAGAUGGACAUGCAGUACGGGAGCCAAUGGGCCCCAAAGCCUUACCGUACGUUGGGAAUUACUUUGAAGUGUAUCCGGACCAUCUGGGCAAUCACCAGCGCCUGUUUGAACGAUAUGGACCAGUCUUCAAAACCACCAACAUGGGCCGGGCAACGUAUCAAGUCAAUGAUCCGCAGCUUGCUGCUAUUGUGUUUACCGAAUCUGAUUUUUUCACCAAAAAAAUAAACGAGGCCCACCCUCUCUAUGCCAUCAAGACUCCAGUCGCAGGCGUUUUUCUUGGAGACACAGACACGCCAGAAUGGAGGGCAGCCCAUAAGUUUCUGCCCCCAGCCCUUGGACCCAAGGCAGUGCGUCACUACGCCCCCACCAUGCAAGAAACCGUUGAAGAUGCCUUCAAAGUUUUUGAUGCCUUUGACGAGCAGGGAGAAGCAUGGAAUGUAUAUCAGUACAUGCUCAAGCUUGGCUCACAAGCAGUUGGCAAGCUUACUCUUGGCUUGGAUUUUGAACAAUUCUCUAGCCCCGACGCACCUCUGCACGAGAUGGUCCAUUUAAUUGCUGAGGUCCUUGCACUGAAUAAAAAGGUUACGUCAAAGGGUAAUUGGUAUGGCCGAUUACCUUUUGGUGACCCACAGCGUCUGAAACAAGCAAGAGCUCGAGUGGAACAGUUAGUAGAGGAGUCGAUUGAAAAGGCCGCCAGGGGUGGUAUUGUCGACCUGCCGCUACAGGAUGCGGCCUUGCAAGCCUCAAACAUGGUAGACUAUGCUGUUCGUGCAGUCGAUAACGAGGGAGAGAAAUUACCAAAGUCUAGUUUGGUAUGGUCUAUUCUUGUAGCAACAGGGGCUGGGUUCACUACUACGAGCUCACUGCUUUCCUGGCUUAUCUAUGGUCUUGUUACCUAUCCAGGCAUGCAGGAACGCCUCUUACAGGAACUAAUAGAUCACGGGUUUGACGAGAAUACUCACAUCACAGCUGAUCUUACCGAUCGCUUGGUGUUCCUAGACAAGUAUAUCAAGGAAACCCAGCGUCGACACAACCCAUCCUUCCAACCUGGACGCACGGCAAAGGCGGAUCUUAUCCUACCAGGUGGCUACAAGCUGCCUAAAGAUGCAGUCGUUAUCCCUGCUUUGCAUCACAUCCACAAUAAUCCAAACUUAUGGGACAACCCUAACCAGUUUGAUCCGGAUCGAUGGGAUACGAACCAGGUGAAGCAGAGACACAAAGCUGCUUAUAUACCAUUUGCCAUGGGCCAGCGGAUGUGCAUUGGAUUUAACUUUGCUCUUCAGGAAAUCAAGGUAUUCCUACCGAAGCUGAUCUACCGAUACAAGUUUACUCGAGAAGGAGAUGCGCCUAUCGAGUACGACCCAAUGUUCCAGCUCAUCCGGCCAACUAAUCUAUACGUCCGAACUACGAGACGAGUCAAGUGGCCUCCUCAGACAGCACCCGCAUAG